GACCAUCCAUUGGUUUGACCAUACUGUUUGCGUAAAAAGUCCAAUAAACUAUUUUGAAAUAAAAAAUGAUUUCCCAGGGCUUUAGGCGCUCGCUGGUCGCAGGGGCGCAGCUACUUAAAUCCCAAUCGUCUAUUGCACCGGCCGGUGCCAGCAUCUUGAGCUCGAAUCAACAUCGCGGUGCAGCAAAAUGGUAUCCAGAUCCCGAAUUCAUGAAGCAAUUCAGUGGUCCGGUCAUGUAUCCCGAUCAAGUAACCUCGCUGUGGAAGGUGCCGCCAUGGAACAGCAAAAUGGUCCCCGUUGAAAAGUCUGUGCGCAACUUGACGCUGAAUUUUGGACCCCAGCAUCCGGCUGCCCAUGGCGUCCUUCGACUAGUACUUGAACUCGAUGGCGAGACGGUAAUGCGCGCCGACCCACACAUUGGCCUGUUGCAUCGUGGCACUGAGAAGCUAAUUGAGUACAAGACCUACACGCAGGCUCUGCCGUACUUCGAUCGUUUGGAUUAUGUUUCGAUGAUGUGCAACGAACAGUGCUACUCGCUGGCCGUGGAGAAAUUACUCAACAUCGAGGUGCCGCUGCGUGCCAAGUAUAUACGAACUCUCUUCGCUGAAAUAACGCGCAUCCUCAACCACAUAAUGGCUGUGGGCACGCAUGCUCUAGAUGUGGGUGCACUGACUCCCUUCUUCUGGCUCUUCGAGGAACGUGAGAAAAUGAUGGAAUUCUACGAACGUGUUUCAGGAGCGCGUAUGCACGCCGCCUACAUUAGACCCGGCGGUGUCUCACUGGAUAUGCCACUGGGUCUGAUGAAUGACAUUUACGAGUUUGCAUCAAAAUUCGCCGAGCGAUUGGAUGAAGUUGAGGAUGUGCUCAGCACGAACCGAAUCUGGGUGCAACGCACAGAAGAUAUUGGCAUUGUGUCUGCCGAGGAAGCCCUUAACUACGGCUUCAGUGGUGUCAUGUUGCGAGGCUCUGGAAUCAAAUGGGACUUGCGAAAGCAACAGCCCUACGACGCAUACCAUCUGGUCGACUUCGAUGUGCCGAUUGGUACCAAAGGCGACUGUUAUGACCGGUACCUGUGCCGCAUCGAGGAAAUGCGUCAGUCUUUGCGCAUCAUAGAUCAGUGCUUAAACCAAAUGCCAGCUGGUGAAAUCAAAACAGACGACGCAAAGGUGACGACACCGACCCGCUCCGAAAUGAAAACCUCCAUGGAAGCGCUCAUACACCAUUUCAAACUCUUUUCGCAAGGCUAUCCAGUGCCACCCGGUGCUACUUAUACGGCAAUCGAGGCGCCAAAGGGCGAGUUUGGAGUUUAUUUGAUAUCAGAUGGUUCCAGUCGUCCCUACCGCUGCAAGAUCAAAGCGCCAGGAUUCGCUCAUUUGGCAGCUCUCGAAAAAAUUGGCAAGCAACACAUGUUGGCCGAUGUAGUUGCCAUAAUCGGCACCCUGGACGUUGUGUUUGGUGAAAUCGAUCGAUAGAUUGUUUUAAUUUUACAAACAUCAAAAUUUGGAAGCUUAUGAAAAUAUAAAUGCAAUACAGUCAUUAAAACACCAACAAUUUUAGAACCAACGAAAA